AAAACCAGACACGGAAACUACCAGAAAAGGCAGAAGAGGAAACAGAACCACAGCAAGAAGACUAAGAAAGAAAGGAGGUUGUGUUGGGAUUGUCUUUGUCUAUAAGGAGCAAGUUGUUUGGUUUUCUGACAAAGUGGACUCUUGAGCUCAUUUGGAGACUUUUAUAGGUUCUUUUAGUAUUUGUUUCUCUACCUUUCUGGGACUUCAAAGUUGAGAGUGAGAGAAGUGGGACAGUCAGAGCAAUGGGAGGAGCUGCAGGGUUCACCAUGUAUGGAAUCCAGCUCUGUUCACAUGGUAAAUAGAGGGUCACAUGGGGCAAUAGUCUUGGAGCAGUGGGGAGAAAAGGGAGGGAAAGGAACAAGGAGAGAGUGAAGAGAUACUCUGCAGGACUUUGGCCUGCCUCAUGUGCAAGAGGCAGCACUUUUACCCUGAGUUUAGAGGACACUAGAUCCCACUACAAAGAGGAAUGAAAGAAAGAUGUCAGAGCCAUGUUGAGGUCAAACUAAAACUUUCCCUCAACUUGGCUUGGAUUUGACUUUCGUUCGAUAUCUUUCCACUUCCCUGUGGGGCUGAAAGUUCAACAGCUAAUUCCAUCCUAGUAGAUGUAACUGAACACCCCUUACAUACUUUAUUCCAUACGAUUGAAGUGCCAAGAUGCCCAUCAACUUUACAGUAGUACCAGUGGAGGAUGCAGGGGGUGACAGCAACAGUGUGGCAGCAGCUGGAAGCAGCAAACCUGUCAAUUUGGGCAACAUGUUUGCGAAGGAAGAUGACGAAGACAACUUACAAGGACCUCACCCUGGAGAGGACAGACAAAAAGAGUCCACUCCCUUCCUCAGCCCAGACGAUGACGGAGAACAAUAUUAUGAUGGAAAGAACAUGGCCCUGUUUGAAGAGGAAAUGGACAGUAAUCCUAUGGUAUCAUCUCUUCUCAGCAAGCUGGCCAACUACACCAACCUGACCCAGGGUGUUCGUGAGCACGAGGAGGCCGAAAAUGAGGAUGGGGUCAGGAGGGUCGCAGUCACGGUCCCUCAAAUGGGAACCUUCAUUGGAGUGUACCUGCCCUGCAUGCAGAACAUCCUGGGCGUGAUUCUCUUUUUGCGUCUCACCUGGAUCGUUGGCACAGCAGGAAUUCUAGGAUCCUUCGCCAUAGUCUCCAUGUGCUGCAUCUGUACCUUGCUCACAGCUAUAUCAAUGAGUGCCAUAGCAACCAAUGGAGUUGUCCCAGCCGGUGGCUCGUACUACAUGAUCUCCAGAUCAUUGGGUCCAGAGUUUGGAGGGGCUGUGGGUCUCUGUUUCUAUCUGGGAACCACCUUUGCUGGAUCUAUGUACAUACUGGGCACCAUAGAGAUUCUGCUGACGUACAUUGUUCCAACAGCAACAGUGUUUAAAGAGGGCGAAAUUGCCGCCAUGUCCAACAACAUGCGUGUCUACGGCACGUGCUGCCUGCUCAUCAUGGCUCUGGUAGUGUUUGUCGGAGUGAAGUAUGUGAACAAACUGGCCCUGGUGUUUCUGUCCUGUGUCGUUCUCUCAAUCAUGGCCACCUAUGCAGGAGUCAUCAAGACGCUCAUCAAACCACCAGAGUUCAACGUCUGUCUGCUGGGAAACCGAUCUCUGAGGAAUGAAAUGUUUGAAACAUGCGCCAAGACAGAGGUUAUUAAAAACAACACUGUGAUCACUGAGGUGUGGAACCUCUUCUGUGACAGUAAAUAUCCCAACGCAACCUGUGACGAAUACUUCACCUUAAACAACCUGACGGAGCUACGGGCCAUUCCCGGGCUCCUGAGCGGAGUUAUAAAAGACAACCUGUGGGGCGACUAUGGGCCAGCUGAUACAUACAUAGAGAAGAAAAGCCAGCCUUCGAUAGAGCAAACCCAGGACACCACCCAUGAUAUGAACCAGCCCUACGUCUUCAAUGACAUCACCACCUACUUCACUCUGCUGGUGGGAAUAUACUUCCCCUCUGUCACAGGUAUAAUGGCUGGUUCUAACAGGUCUGGUGAUCUCAGAGAUGCCCAGAGGUCCAUCCCAAUCGGAACCAUUAUGGCUAUUCUCACCACCUCUUUCAUCUACAUCUCCUGUGUGGUCUUGUUUGGAGCCUGUAUUGAAGGAGUGGUGCUGAGAGACAAGUUUGGUUACUCCGUAAAGAAGAACCCAGUGAUUGGCAUCCUGGCCUGGCCGUCACCGUGGGUGAUUGUGAUUGGCUCGUUUUUCUCCUGCUGUGGGGCGGGGCUUCAGAGCCUCACCGGCGCCCCACGCCUACUUCAGGCCAUCGCUCGGGACGGCAUCAUCCCGUUCCUACAGGUGUUUGGUCAUGGGAAGGCUAAUGGAGAGCCCACCUGGGCUCUGCUACUGACAGUUGGGAUCUGUGAGAUAGGAAUCCUCAUCGCUUCUCUGGAUGCUGUGGCUCCCAUCCUCUCCAUGUUUUUCCUAAUGUGCUACCUGUUUGUGAACCUGGCCUGUGCUGUUCAGACUUUGCUCCGCACCCCCAACUGGAGACCUCGCUUCAAAUUCUAUCACUGGAGCCUGUCGUUCUUAGGGAUGAGUCUGUGUCUCUCCCUCAUGUUCAUCUCCUCCUGGUACUACGCCCUGGUUGCCAUGGUGAUAGCCGGCUGUAUCUAUAAGUACAUUGAGUACAGAGGGGCAGUGAAGGAAUGGGGAGACGGGAUCAGAGGUCUGUCCUUGAAUGCAGCGCGCUAUGCUCUCAUCCGGCUAGAGGAAGUACCACUACACACCAAAAACUGGAGGCCUCAGCUGUUGGUGUUGUGUAAGUUGGAUUCCGACCUGACGGUGAAGCACCCUCGUCUCAUGUCCUUCACCACGCAGCUCAAAGCUGGGAAAGGACUGACCAUCGUGUGCUCGGUGCUGGAGGGAACCUUCAUGACCCGGGGGAAUGAUGCCAAGACUGGAGAGCAGAAAUUGAAAGCAGCGAUGGCUGUCGAGAAGAUGAAGGGUUUCUCCCAUGUGGUGGUGUCGUCCAACCUGCGAGACGGUUUCUCCCUGCUCAUCCAGUCAGCCGGGCUGGGAGGAAUGAAACACAACGCUGUGCUGAUGGCCUGGCCCACAGGCUGGACACAAGCCCGGGACUCCUCUGCAAGGAGGAACUUCAUAGAAACUGUGAGAGAGACGACAGCCGCUCAUCAGGCUCUGAUGGUUGCCAAAAACAUCGACCAUUUCCCUAGCAACCAGGAGCGUCUGAAGGAGGGAACCAUUGAUGUGUGGUGGAUCGUUCAUGACGGAGGACUGCUCAUGCUGCUGCCAUUUUUACUCAGUCAACACAAGGUAUGGAGGAAGUGUAAAAUGCGUAUUUUUACCGUGGCCCAGAUGGACGACAACUCCAUCCAGAUGAAAAAAGACCUCCAGAUGUUUCUCUACCAUCUACGCCUAGAUGCAGAAGUGGAGGUGGUGGAAAUGCAUGAGAGUGACAUCUCCGCCUUCACCUAUGAGAAGACGCUGGUGAUGGAGCAGCGGUCUCAGAUGCUAAAACAGAUGCAGCUGUCCCGCACUGAGAGGGAGAGAGAGGCGCAGUUGAUCCACGACCGCAACACAGCAUCUCAUACUGCAAUGAACGACAAAGCUGCAGGUGCCCCCCCAGAUCGUGUCCACAUGACCUGGACCAAAGACAAACUGAUCAACGAGAGGAACCGACAACGAGAAGGCAUGGGAGUUAAGGACAUGUUCAACAUGAAACCAGAGUGGGAAAACCUCAACCAGUCAAACGUACGGAGGAUGCAUACAGCUGUGAAGCUGAACGGCGUGGUGCUCAAGAAAUCCAAAGAUUCCCAGCUGGUGUUGCUCAACAUGCCGGGUCCACCGAAGAACAAGAAAGGGGACGAGAACUAUAUGGAGUUUCUGGAGGUCCUGAUGGAUGGCCUAGACCGUGUCCUGUUGGUUCGUGGAGGCGGUCGGGAAGUCAUUACUAUCUACUCCUAGCACCGAGCUGUUCCUCAUUGUUUGAAAAUAGACCUUAAGGAUUUGAUAGACAGUAGGAUCCCAGAAGGAUCAUUGGGAAAUGGACAAAGGAAGGACAGUCCAUUCCCUCUCACACAACACUGUCAGGACAAGAAAGGAGGACCAUGGUCGGUGGGAAGGACAGGGGAGUGUACGUGCAGCACAGCCGGAUGUCAAUGAAUCGUCUCGUGGCACAGGCGGCUCGCUUCUAACCCUUUUCUUGGGGCUUCAACAUAUUAUACACUCUAAAAGUCACAACUUUGGGGCUGAAUUUCUUCAGAAAAACUGUUUUGUGAAUGAGCUUUCAUUUCAACAUGUCAUAUUGCUUCAUCUGGCACUUGUCAGGGGGAAGCACACAAACUACAGCUUGUUUUUAGCACAACGUUUUAGCAUUUCUCUGAUUGUGGUAGCUGUUUAUAAGGAAUGAUGCUAACGUAGCUAACUUAGUGUAGUGACUUAUUUAUUUCAGUGCUUCAAACUUUGAAGUGAUACAUGAUAUGCAGUGACUCUCAAAUAAUAGACUCGGAUCUAACAUGUUUUUAAUUCAUUUUUACCAAAAACAAUGCUAGCCUCAAAUCACUGUAUCAGAAGCUUAAGCCCUUUUGAUUAAUUUGAUCAGGACGGUUUAAGGGCAAAUAGGGCGUUUUGAUUGUAAUCCACAGAUUGUCUUGCCAACUGUUUAUGUUGUCACAGAAAACGUUAGUGUGGGAAAGGAUGAGAUAGUACAAAUGAAACAGAGCAAUUAAGUCUUUUGUGAUUUUAGCAUUUAAGUAGAUUUAAGUUGAGUUAAUGUGUAUGUUAUUGACUUGUUUUAUAUUCGAGCAAACAUUUUAUGGUGCAUAUUCAUGAUAAUAUAGGAUGCAUUGAUGAGGGAAAUAGUACAACAUUAACGUAUGUAUUAACAUUUUUAAAUUGUAAUUCAGGAAGUCUCCUUUUGCAGCUUAGUGCAGUUUGCCAUUUUUGUGUCUGAUGCACUUACAGCCAGUCAGGGAAUGCCUGUGAGAGAAACAAUACAUUAUGGUAAAAUAUCUCAGCCCGUCAGUGCUGUUGGUGUUUUCAAACAUACACCUUCAGACUGUACAAGACUAUGGCAUGAAAUGUAGCAGAGGAAAAAAGACGUCAUAUGUCUAUCUGUGAAAACCCUUGAUAAUGGACUUCAGUUACCUGCAACCCCCUGAAGACAACAAUUUCUCUGUAACUGCAUGAGGAUCACUGAUCUUUGCAUUUUGAGCUGUAUUUGCAAUGAACGAGAAAUAGCAUAGCAAAAACAUUACAAAGAAAGGGGGAAAGGUUGUACCAAAUGCAUAUUAUCACAUUUAAAUGCGUGCCAAUAGCACAGGAUAUACAUUGGCCUCGAAUGUGAGUCAAUGUUUCCCGUGUUCUUGUAUAGGGACUAUAUAUGAUGGUGAAAUGAACCAUCAUAUAUAGUCCCUAUACAUAGCCCCAACAUGAAAAAAUGCCAACAAAAAGUUGUUGAUGGUUUGGACUUAAAAUGCAGUUCGCUGAUUUUAAUGACAUUUAAUUUAUAGUCAUAUUAUUUUCCUUCAAGUCUCCAGAUAGAAAAUAUCAAGUAAAGUUGGUAAACUUGUUUUAUAAAGUUUUUAUUUUCAAGUUUAGGCUCACCACUAUGAUAAGAUUAGAGGUCGUUCACAGCUGAAUCAAGUGCACAGUUGUCUUUGUGAUUAAAGGCUGAAUUAAAUAAUAAUGUUGCUUCAUUGAAGCAGGGUCACUGUUUUCUCAGAUGUCAACAACUACUUUUAUGGUGGGUGUUGUGGAAAGUAUUUUCUCUACUGAAAUUCAGCAUGUGCAUUUCUUAAUGUAAAACUUUUAGUUUCUUCUAGUGAGUUCAUUUCUGUAUGUGUAGAAAUACCUUGUUUUAACUCUUUGAAUCACACCCCUGGUAAUUUCACAAGAUAUGAGAUUCUGUAUUCUGCCAUUGAUUAUUUUGCAAUUUAACAGCAUCAACAAUAAACUAAGGUGUAUGUAUUUAAGACAGGUGUCAUGUCCUCUAUGGACAGAUUUUUACAAACUGAGAGAUUUCGUCCAUAACAGCAGAUUAUGUUCUUGACGCAAUUUGUGUCUCUAAGAAAUGGCCCACAUAAUGAGCUGGCCCACAGUCAGAAGUGUUUGUCCAGACUUGGAUGGAAACUCCCAUAACCUGACAUGAAACAACUAUACACAUACAAAAGGCAGGAAACAUCAAAGCAGGAAGUCCGUAUUCAAGGAAAAUGAAAAAGGAAAUGAAGCUGAGCGACUUGUUAGUAAGACGUUGAUCGCUGUGAUAUCUCUGAUUGCCCUCAUCUCCUCUUUCAAGCAGAGGCACUUCAGCACACACUUUCUUUUGUUUGAGUGUCGGCUAUUUUGCUUCCAUAACACAUGUUCUAGAGUAGCCGAAAUAAAACAUGUAAAAUACUCUUCAA